AUGCAGGAUAUUAUUGACCAUCUACCUAAACUUCCUGAAAUACAACAACAAAAGCUUACUAUUCCUGAAUUCGAUGAAAUAGAAGUCAAAGCAACUGACUCAGUAGAAACCAAGAAGUUCAUACGUAAGGUAAACUAUGAGUUUCUUGGAUUUCAUUGCAACCACAAAGUCAUGGACAAAGACUGCGAUAUGGUAUAUAAAAAUGUUUCUGACAUAUAUAAAUCUGAAGAAUUUAAGACCUACGACAACUUUGUUUCGUUAGUUGCAAAAUGUGUAUGGCAGAUAAGAGAUAAAGAUAAAAGAGGUAAAGUAUGGAACGAACAGAUAAAACCAGCAACUUUUGAGUUAAAGAAAACCAUUGACGCCUUAGUUGUUCUAGCUGGUUUUAUUUCAAUGUACAAUGCUAAAAUGAACCCACAAUGUUCAAAAUGUAAAGCAGCAAUGAGGAAAUAUAACUACUCCGUCAAAGAGAUAGAACGUAUGCGAAACGACUAUGCAGAUUUAAAGAAAGAAGCAGAGAAACCAGCAGAAGAUAAAAUGGACAUGUUGACAUUUCUGAACAAAAACUAUCCAACUGCUGACGAUUUCCUUCUAUCUGACGUCAAGAAGAAGUAUAAAGAUACAUUCAAUAUUGUUAAAACUUUUGAUAUCCUUCGUGAAGAAAUAGUAGCUACAAAACUGUUUAAAGUCAUGAACCAUCGCAACAUAUACCAUGUAAAACGCUUGUAA